UUGUGAUCUCUGCUGUACUGUCAUCGCCGCCGUGGGUGUUCCUUCGGUGCGGAGUCCGGAGUGGCUGUGAUGAGCAUCAUGACAACAGAAAAGAACCCAACGGCCGACACUGACAACUCAGAGCAACAGCAAACCAAGGAGGAGGAAGGAGCUGCUGAAACACAGAAGCAAGAGGCUUCCCUGGGGGAAGGGGCUCAGCCAACACCGGAGAGACAGCCCCAGAGGCAGAAGGCCUCCAACGGAGACACCCCCACACACGAGGAGCAGAGCAAGAAGGAACGUCGCACCUCUGAGGGCCGGGGGCUCUCCCGCCUCUUCUCCUCCUUCCUCAGGAGGCCCAAGUCUCAGGUAUCGGAAGAGGACAAAGACACUGAUGCUCCUAAAGAGGUGGGAGGUGGUGACCCGAAAGACGCAGAAUUAGGAGCCAGCCCUGAUGAAGACAUCCUGGUGAAAGCCCCAAUUGCAGCUCCUGAGCCUGAGCUCAAAACUGACCCAUCGCUCGAUCUCCAUUCCUUGAGCAGUGCAGAAACACAGCCUGCUCAGGAGGAGAGGAGGGACGACCAGGAGCCAGAGGGAAGAGACCACGAGGACAGGGAAGAAGGGGAAGCAAAGGAAGAGGGUGCCAAGCCAGUACCGAAGCCAGAGUCUCUGGAGACUAAAGCAGACAAGGAUUUGAAAGCUGCCCAAAAAACAGUGAAAAGACACAGAAACAUGUACUGCAAAGUUGUCUUGCUGGAUGACACCAUUUUUGAGUGUUCUGUGGAUAAACAUGCCAAGGGACAGGAUCUGCUUAAAAAAGUAUGUGACCACCUCAAUCUGCUGGAAGAAGACUACUUUGGUUUGGCCAUAUGGGAUACACCAACCUCCAGGACAUGGCUGGAUCCUGCCAAAGAAAUAAAAAAGCAGGUUCAUGGAGGCCCCUGGGAUUUUACCUUCAAUGUCAAGUUUUAUCCACCAGAUCCUGCCCAGCUAACAGAGGACAUCACCAGGUAUUACCUGUGUCUGCAGCUUAGACAUGACAUUCUUACAGGGCGGCUGCCCUGUUCCUUUGCCACCUUGGCUCUGCUGGGCUCCUACACGGUCCAGUCAGAGUUGGGAGACUACGAUCCUGAUCUCCAUGGCCCAGAUUACAUCAGUGAGUUCAAACUGGCCCCAAACCAGACAAAAGAACUUGAAGAAAAGGUUGUUGAACUUCAUAAAACAUAUAGAUCCAUGACUCCAGCCCAAGCAGACCUGGAAUUUCUUGAGAAUGCAAAAAAGCUUUCCAUGUAUGGAGUUGACCUUCACCAAGCCAAGGACUUGGAAGGCGUGGAUAUCACUCUGGGAGUCUGUUCCAGUGGCCUUCUUGUUUACAAAGAUAAACUGAGAAUCAACCGCUUCCCGUGGCCCAAAGUCCUGAAGAUCUCCUACAAACGCAGCAGCUUUUUCAUAAAGAUUCGGCCAGGGGAGCAAGAACAGUAUGAAAGUACAAUUGGGUUCAAGCUACCAAGUUACCGGGCAGCAAAGAAGCUGUGGAAAGUAUGUGUUGAACAUCACACCUUCUUCAGGCUGACUUCCACUGAGGCCAUCCCGAAGAGCAGGUUCCUGGCACUGGGCUCCAAGUUCCGCUACAGCGGCCGGACACAGGCACAGACGCGGCAGGCAAGCGCCCUGAUCGACCGGCCCGCGCCCCAGUUCGAGCGCACGGCCAGCAAGAGAGCGUCCAGGAGCCUCGAUGGAGCAGUGGCUGUGAUAACCCCAGAGCGGAGUCCCCGGCCCACCUCAGCCCCAGCCAUCGCUCAGAGCCACGCUGCAGAGCCAGCCCCAGCUAAGCCCGACCUGAAGGAUGUGGCCACAUCUAAAGUAGGGAAGGAAACAGCGAAAUCUGAUGUGAGAUGUGAAGAAUUGCCACCAGAGAAACCCAAGGAGCCAGUGGAUGUCUCAAGGGUGAGGAAAACACACAUUGAGGUCACAGUCCCCACCACGAAUGGUGCGCAGCCCCAGCAGCCUGCAGAAAAAGAGGAAGAGCUGAUAAGAAUGAGGAAGAAGAGAUCAAAGAGGCUAGAUGGUGAAAACAUUUAUAUCAGGCAUAGCAAUUUAAUGUUGGAGGAUCUAGAUAAGACGCAGGAAGAAAUAAAGAAGCACCAUGCCAACAUCAGUGAGCUGAAGAAGAACUUCAUGGAGUCCGUCCCCGAGCCCCGGCCGAGUGAGUGGGACAAACGUUUGUCCACCCACUCUCCUUUCCGAAGCCUCAACAUCAACGGGCAGAUUCCCACGGGAGCAGAUGGAGUCAAGAAAGUCACUGUCCCGUCUUCUGAAAGACAGGUUGGUGGGCUUGAGACACGGGAACGGCCUCUGUUAGUACAGGAUGAAGACAAACUAAAAAAGCAGGAGAUACCUACUGAGACAGCCAUUCCCCGGCCAGCAAGUGAAGCAACUCUUCCAAAGGUUUCUAUUGCAAUCCCUGAAGAGCAGAAAUCACUCAAAAAGUGUCACCUGUACUCUAGCCUUUUUCCUUCUCCACGCAUUCCCUUUAUGAUGUCCUUUCUUCUGGUCAUAGCACUGACUGUUUGGUGGCUGGUCUUUCUCUGAGUGGCAACAGGGUCGUGUUGAAACCUCAAGACCAAAGCUCCUGAAUUUCUUGGCUGUAGUCUGCUGCAUCUUCCUUGUCCUGGUCUUUAAUCUCCAUAGUUCGCUGUCCCAGGGAGGGACACCCCAUGACUGAUGUGUUAAUCCUGCUCUCUGUCCGUGUGUGGCUGUGAUGGGACCUGAUAGGAGUGGUCGUGGAUUUCCAGGUCCAUUCUCAAGUUUCCUGUGGUGAAAAGCAAAUUCUUUGAACUGUGUUCCCAACUGCAGUGGGAGGGCAGAUGAGGGGAGGAAAUCAUGGGAGGAGAGUCUGGUUUCCCAAGCCCCUGAAAGACUUCCCAUAGGAAUUGCUGGAGAGUUGCUUUUAAGCUUGUUGUUUUAAAUGUGAGAUACUCACAAACUGAAGAACAUUUGAUGUAAAAGGGGCUUUACAGGAAUCUGCUGAAUCACAGAAUCCUGGAAUGGUUUGCGGUUGGAAGGGCCCAUAAAGAUCAUCUUAUUCCACCACCUGCUGAGGGCAGGGAACCUUCCCCUGGACCAGGUUAUUGCAAGUCCCAUCCAACCUGGCCUUGGACACUUACAGGUAUGGGAGUCCACAGCCUCUGUGAGCAAACAGGAGGUUGACUCUCUAGGAGGAACAUUGGAAUCUAAUCCAUAAACACUCCAUUUCUAGGAAACUCAGACUGGUGUUUAAAUAAAAAGUGCUGGUUCUCACUGCUGCUCUUAGUAAUAACUUAGGGACAGUGUCAGCUUUUCACCUUUGACAAAGUAUCCCAGCUUCCCUCUCCACCCCUAUUCUCACAUCCAAGAAAAUACAUAGUGUUAUAGGAGAAAACCCAUAGCAAGGAGAUAUUUAUUGUAAACAUAGAUUAAUAAUUUUUUUUAAUCUGAUGGUCUUGGUGCACUUGGGAUGUGUUUAAUUUGUGUGGAACUAACUGACGCAUGUUUGCUCAGGUCAUAGGGAUGGAGUUACCUGCUGUUUGAGCAUUCCCCCCUGUUGGCAUGUUGGCUUGGCCACAUCAGGACACACUUCUAAUGUUAAACCCCUCGAUUGUUUUUGACUUCUUUAACCAAACUGUUGCAUGCUGGUUGUUGUUUAUUGCCCACAAUGUAAGUGUCUGGAUGAUGCUCCCAUAUAGCCAAGUUAUCUGGCUGAGCUGUGCAGGCUCCAGCCCAACUGGACUGAGUAGAUCUGGUUUGUAAGCUGGAGGGAAGGUAGGACUUUGUGUCUAAGGGGUUUCUUUUCUGUAAAUAGUAAUGACAGGGCUGAGCUGAGGUCCCCAUUUCUCCUUUCAGCACUAAUCUGUGUUCUCCUGUGUUCACUGGAGGACUUGGGCUGGACACAGUCACUCUGAGAACACCCCCUAGUGUCACCAGUGGUGGCAUCUGCUCCAGCAGCAUGGAGGAGAAGGAAGCAGGCCUUUAUUAUAUGGACUAAAAUGUGUGAAUAUAUAUAAAUACCUGUAUUUAUAACCCUUUCUAGAUCUCUAUCUGUGUGAACAGUAUUAUUUUAGGAAGCUAGCAGAUAAGCUUGAAGGAAUAAGGCAGACAUGGCCAUGUGCUGUCUGAUCUGAGGAUCUUUGGGUAUCAUGGACCACUCAAGUCACCUCAUGUGCUCGAUGUACAGGUUGAGGUUCUAAAUGCUGUCUCAGAAACUUAGGUUCAUUCUGCUAGUGAAACCCUUUGUUUUAUUCCCACAGGAAUCUUUCCAAUUCCUCUUGUAACCUGCUCCAAUUAGUUCACCAGUUUGUGCCUUUAGGACUUUGUUUUGUGAGGAUGUUGAUUUUUCACUGGAAAAUAUUCUCCCCUUCUUAAUACACUGCCUUUAAUACACAGUCUUCCUCCUUUGGCACUAGGAAGUGUAGAAGUCUGAGGGUUGUUGUACAGACAUAGUCUGGUGUGAAGGAGGGUGUCGGCAGGCUGCAGCCCUGAAUCCUUGGAGCAUCCCUUGGAAUGCACUUGGACUCCAGCAGAUCAGGUGUGGAGUUUAGGAAGACAGAGGUGGGACCUGGAGAGGAGAAGUGGGGGAGGAUGCUGGGGUGCCAUGUGCUGUGCAGAAAAUGCAGGAUGGAAAAAGUCAGGAGAUACUUGUGGCUGGCAUUCCCUGACUGCAUCUCCUUCCCAAAAUCUUAACACUUGUGAUGAAGAACAGGGAUUGUUUGUUCUCCCCAACCUGGCGUGGAGAGGGAAGAAACAGGAGUUGUUUAUAUCUCUCUCAGUUUUCUGUUCAUAUUUCCUAGAGGUUGAACACACAGGGGCUUCCUUCCCAAAGCCAUUGCUUGAGAUCGCUGCUUGGGAUGCUGUGGUGAGCACUGCUGAGUUUACUGCAUUUCUGAUCCAGUGACAAGAACUCGGAAGCCACACUGGUGGCCUUGGCAAAGCUAUGGUUUCUGUAGUUCUGUCAUCCACUUACAAAGCACCUGAAGUCUUUUGCCCAGAGCAGCCUUAGACCAGAGUGCUCAGGAUGUCUCAUCCCAGCAGAAUAAGAGAUGGGCUCUGUCACCUCUACUCAAUUCUGUAACUCUUUAAUUCAAAUGGUCUCUUUCUCUCUUUUUUAAUCUUGAGGUAAGGCUGGUUGUCAUCAGCAAAAAACCUUGGAAACUUUACACUCUGACAAGGCUUAGGAACAUUUUUGGGAUUUAUAUACCAAUUAUCACUGGAGACUAUAAAGAAAUUGAACAAAUGCUUUCUAUUUCUCUGGCAGUUUAGAGACCAGUUACCUGUAUUCAUCCAGGUAGAUUAUGAUCCCUCCUGACAAAGGAAACCUGUAACAUACCAGGGAGAGAAACCUCAUCUGUCCAGCGCCUCAGGGAUGUGCCCACUGGGCUGCAGCCCCUUUCCCAAUCACUCCUCUGCUUUAUUCCCUGUUUGCUUGUAAUGCAAAGGGAGUGACAGUCCAUGACAAUCCACAUAAGGUCUCAUUCCUGCACAUUCUGUAUCCCGUUUGUGCACAUUCCGUAUUUUUUACACCUUGGUGCUGUGGUUUCCCCCUUUUUCCAUGAUGUCAGCACAGGUUGCAGCACCGAGAGGAGGAUUUUGUGAGUCCUGCUGUCAUCCCUGUGCACAGGGAGAACUGAUUGGCUCCAGUGCUCUUUAAGGGCUGAGCUCUCAGGGGAUCUGUAAAGGAACCAAUACAUGUGGUUUGUUCCUAUUUUCCUCAGGAAUAAAAUUACUGGGAACAGCAGCAGCUCCUGGCUGCCUGCCCCAACACCAGGACCCAUUGACACAGAGAUUCGCACACCCUGUUCAGCCUGGCUGGUGCAGUGCCAUGCUGUGAGUGAUGGAGAGCUGAGUUAUCCCUCCUGCAGGGAAGCUGGAAAUGUCUGCAGUAUGUAACCUUAUCCAGGCUGGCAUGAGAGAUCCGUGUUUUUCAAUGUGACCUGCUGCAGAAAAUGGCAUUUUAGUGUCUGACAUGCUGGUGACCAUAGGCAGGAUAAGUCUGCCAGCAGUUUUGCCCAGUGUUUUGUGGUGUGGUCACUCACCUCUUUGAUGCUCACGUGUAGGAUCCCAUUGGGAGCUGUUGGGGGUUCAGUGCUUCCCAUCACAAUAUUAACGGUCAGCUCCACACUCACUUCCAGAAUUCCUUACCUGGAUUCCAGCUCUUCUGAACACCACCUAAAACACAGGAGUUUCUUGUGCUUUCUUGCUUUAGGAAAAGGUGGACAUCAGUAUUUUGAAGGAGCAGAUGUGCCAGAACCAAUAGCUUGGAACUUGGAUUCAGCUCCAAGUCUGUGAUGAUACUUGAGGUCUUCACUGCAGUAAAACAACAUCACUUUUUCAACUGCUGAAGGGGAGCAAAUAAAUGAGGGUGUUGGCUGCAUCUCCUCCCACAUCCUGCCUUACUGGGGGAGUGAUGGUGAGCUGAGGACUUUCCAUGGGCAGCUCAGUCAGGGCAGUAUUCAGCCAAGACUGGCUCCCCUCUCUUUUGUUUUGUCCAGUAACUACUGAAGACCCUAAAGAGUAGGUAUUCCACAUCUCCCUCCUAUCCUGAAAUAAUCAGGAGAGGUGGAUUUCCUCAGCACUAAGGGAAGUGGUUUGUGUUUGGAGGAAUGAGGCUUGGCUGUACCACCAGCUCCUGGGAAGGUUAUCAUAGAAUCAUGAAAUACCCUGAGUUGGAAGAGACCCACAAACAUCAACAAGUCCAGAUCCUAAUGGUUAUGGGCAAAGUCUUUGACUUCACAUCAGUGUCAGUAAUUUGUCCCUCCGAGAAUUGUUCCGCUACUUUAUUAGGUUUUCUUUUUUCCUUGUCAUGAGUUGAUGGUACCUGUUCUGUCCUACAGGAUGACAGAAACUCCUUGGUCUUUACUUAUUAGAGGGUGACACUGGAGAACCUGACAGAGGUGGUCAUUCUUGUGUCUCUGUUUGCAUCUGUUGUGGUUUGUGGGGCUGGAGGGAAGGACUGGCCUUGUUUUGGGCCCCUUUGGGAUCUUUUAGCAAUGGUAGACAGUCCUGUUGGAUCAGUCUGUGGGGACUAGAAAUACUUUAUUUUUUACCUAAAAUGCUCUCUUUUGGAACACUUUUUUGGUUUUGUAUUUUUUCUCAGAUUUUUCUUUGUAAAUAUGUACAUUUAUCCAUUAAUAAAUGUUACUGCAAAACAGAUCUUUCUUUCCACUGCUUAUUAACCAAAAAAGCUAUAUAUGCCCUGUGUUAGUGACUUCCUUGGACUAACCCUCAAUAUUCCUUUCUCAAAGCAGGACCCCUCAGACCAUGAGUCAUUGCUGAUGGCAUUCACGGUGUAGGGUCUGCUGGACGCUCUUGGGUGUGAGUUGGGUGCUCCUGAGGAGAGGGAGUAGACAAGGCUGCAGCUCUGAGCUCUCAAACUGACCAGAAUCAUUCAACUGAGGAUUAAAUCCAGCUUGGUUUAAGACAGGCUUUGUAUACAGUAUUCCCCUACUACAUGCUUAAUGUGACUCUAACACCUUCUCCCUCUUCACUUAGGAGACUGUGUGGUAGGAAAAGUUAAUUGCAGAAAGUUGUUCUGAGAGCAGAAGUGAGGCAGCUCCUGCACAGCUCAGCUACAAGAGCCUUUGUCCCAUCUGGUGUGUUAAUCUGGGGACAAAAAUGCUUCUUUUGGGUUUUGUAAGUGAAGAAACCACAUUCCUAAUGAACCGCUGUUCCUCAGCUACAAUACGAGCUUCUGGUAGAUUUUUUCUGGUUGAAGCUCAGGCUGUAAUUCAAGGCUGUGUGAAGAGUCAGUUUUAAGUCCCAAGUUUUGUGAGAUUACAGGAAGGCAGAUAUGGCUGCUCAUAGUGCUGAUUCCUGAGAUGAGCCUGGAACCGAGGCAGAGCUGUAACUUCAAUUAUGGAAUGAAGGAAGUGGAAUGAGCAGCACAAAAUUGAUGGCAUUGAUAAACCCUGAUUUUAUCCCCUCUUUUCACCAGCUGCUGCUGCACUAAGGCAGCUCUUGCAAUGCCACUACUUUGUUCUCUGCAGAGGGAUUUUGGAAUAAAAAACCCUUUAUGAGAGAGUACCUGUCUCACAGAAGGGAUGGGAAGGAGACCAGUGGGAGUGGGCAGAGGAAUCUUAUUGCCUAACAACCUUAUUUUGAUAAUUGAAGUAUUGAUCUUGAGGUUGAUUCAUGUUGCCAAGUCAUCAAUGCAAUGAUUGGAGGUGGUUGCUGUGUGUUGUGUAAUAUAUUGGAUCCUUGUUCAGAACAGAAUUUAGUCUUUUGAAGGUUUGGACACACUGUGUUUUCCAGCAUUACUUUUAAUUUUGGUCAAAAUCUCUUUUAUGCAUCUAUUGUCUGGGUAGGCUGGUCACAAUGUUGUGAUCUGAUCAAUGACAGUGAAAAAAUUCGUUGAAAAACACAAAUUUGUAGAUAAUGUCCAUGCUUUUCAACGCCAGGGUGUUUUAAACAGCUUCUAAAUGUUUUUAAUUUUUACCUUAAGGCAAAGCAGUUCUGUAAGGCAGUGGUGGGUACUGUAAAGUAAGGAUCUCUUGUUUUCUGCUUUAUAAUACUUUUUACCCAAGUGCUUUGCCAGCUAUGAGGUUGAGCAUCAGUUGAUCUGGGAGCGUUCUCUGGUGAGUGUGGUUUGCUGCAAAGCAACAUUAUCUCCUUGUGCAUCCCUAGACAUUCACUCCGAGCCUGUGAGCUUCUGUGGAUCGUUGUUUGGGGAUAACCUAAUAACAGCGUCACCAAUUCCAUUGCCAUUCUGGGAAGGGAACAGGACUGGGAAGUAUUUAACCAGCUGGGAUUCCCAACAUUUCAUGUGGUGGUUGUAGGGAGUUACUGUGUGCUAUAAUUUCAUGGUUUUAGCAAUUUUUAUUAAAUAGUAACUGGUAGUUGGCAUCAUUUUAGUGCUCCUUAAGUUUUCUGCAGGAUAAUAGUCUGAUUUGGGGUGGAAAUAAUGGAAUAUUCAGAGAGAGGCAUGAGAAAAAACAUCUACUCUGACAGCAUAGGGCAGCUGGGUCAUACAAAUAGAUUCUGAUCCCAAACAGCAGUGUCUUGAAAAAAUUCAGGCAAACCAAUUUAUACAAAACCACUUUCUGAGAAAAAUAAAUCCUUUUGGCCGCUGGUAUCAAA